UAAGUUUCUACAAGCUCUGGCUAAGUUGAUUUUCGCCCAAAUUCAGUAAUUGGUUCUGGUCUGGAAUCAAUGGAAGUCCUCUUCCUCCAUCUAUUACUUCUUACCAGUGGGCAGUAAUGAGUAGAAGUAGAAAAGUAGAAACUCGAAUGAGUCAUGACAAGUCACCAAAGCAAAAACUAAAGCUUUGAGAGUUGAGAGUCGCAGAAAGUGGUUCCCUUUUUGAAAGUUUUCACUUUCACCCAUAAGUGAAAAACAAGAGGAAAACAAUUCCAUAAAAAAACACAUAAAAAGAAAGAAUGUAAGCUAAAGAGGCAUCGCAAGAAGAACACUUGCUUUUUGCGUACAUCAAAUUGAUGGUUAUUGUUAUAUACACACCAUAAUACAAACAAAAGACAUUGAAAACAACACCCAACAAAACUCUUCCCUACACCAUCUCCUCCCCAGCAAUGGAAUGACCCUUUCCCUGUUCCUCUACCACCGGGCACAGAGCUCCAUCACCACCACCACCACCACCCUUCUCUCUUCUUAUCCUGUACACCCACUUUCUUGUCAAAUAUAAAUUUGAUCAUUAUAUCAACGACCAGAUUGGGAUACCUUGGGAGAGGAGAUUGGGGUCAGCGUAACUGAGAGAUGUGGGAUGCUUCAGGCAUUGAUGAAUCUGCUUUCUUUAUGUUUUAGGCCGUUUGGGCACGAUAGCAGCACUAGUGGCAACUUUGAGUCAGCUGGUGUUGGAAAAGAAGGGAAAGACGGGUUGCUUUGGUAUAGAGAUAUUGGGAGAUAUGGGUCUGGAGAUUUUUCAAUGGCUGUUGUGCAAGCUAAUCAAGUACUCGAGGACAAGUGCCAGAUCGAGUCUGGAUCGUUUGGGACUUUUAUUGGUGUCUAUGAUGGUCACGGUGGCCCUGAUGCGUCUAGCUAUGUCUGUGAUCACUUGUUCAGGCACUUUCAAGCAAUAUCAGCUGAUGCACAGGGAGUUGUGGCAGCUGAGACUAUUCAAAGAGCUUUUCAUGCAACCGAAGAAGGGUUUACUACUCUUGUGUCUGAGUUAUGGACUACUUGUCCCCAAAUUGCAACUACUGGAUCUUGCUGUCUAGUUGGAGUCAUAUUUCAGCAGACCCUCUUUGUGGCAAACUUGGGAGAUUCUAGAGUCGUGUUGGGGAAGAAAGUUGGUAGCACUGGAGACAUUGCUGCUAUUCAGCUAUCAACAGAACAUAAUGCAAACAAUGAGGCCAUUCGGCAUGAACUCAAGGAACUGCAUCCAAAUGAUCCCCAGAUUGUUGUCCUUAAGCAUGGAGUUUGGAGAGUAAAGGGGAUUAUUCAGGUUUCUAGAUCUAUAGGCGAUGUGUAUAUGAAACACGUGCAGUACAACAGAGAACCAAUUAAUGGAAAAUUCAGACUUCCUGAACCAAUGAACAUGCCUAUCUUGAAUGCUAAUCCAACUAUCAUUUCCCAUCCUCUCCAUCCGAAUGAUUCCUUCCUUAUAUUUGCAUCUGACGGGCUUUGGGAACACUUGAGUAAUGAAAAAGCUGUGGAUAUUGUCCACAGUCAUCCACAUGCAGGAAGUGCCAAAAGGCUUGUGAAGGCUGCCCUACAAGAAGCAGCAAGAAAAAGAGAGAUGCGAUAUUCAGAUCUACGUAGGAUUGACAAGAAGGUUCGACGCCACUUUCACGAUGAUAUAACAGUCAUUGUUUUAUUCUUAAAUCACGAUCUUAUAUCCAGAGGCACAGUGCAAGACCCUCCACUUUCCAUCCGAAGUGCUCUGGAACACUGAUAAUUUGAAACUCAAUUCACAUAUUUUCUGCUUCCUCUUAUUACGGCCAACAGUAACACGAAUGCUACACAUACCAUUGGCAAUACAUAUACGUAUAUGCUCAUCUAUAUCGAUAUAGAGGGCACUGACAAAGCUGUUGUGCUACUUGGAUACUAAUGCUGAGGCCCACUUGUUAUGAGAGGCUUAAAAUUUGUAAAAUGUUGCUUUGCUAGAAAAUUACUUAAUUUUGCUACGUAUAAUCCAUGUGUACCCUCUUAUUAUAUAAUCUGCUUCAAUUUCUCUUUCGUUUUCCA